AUGCUCCUUUUGUUUAUUUUUCAACUCUUCUUCGAUUUUGUUAUGACUGCGGCAAUCGCAACUUCUGGUGAUAAUCGAGUUGAACAAGUUCAUCUAAGUUUGAGUGGAAAUAUGAAUGAAAUGAUUGUCACAUGGCUAACACAAAGUCCCCGUAAGUUUGUUCGAGAAAUUUUCCAAACUAACCCAGCUCGUUUUCAAGUUCCAAAUGUGACUCCUUUCGUAUCUUAUGGAUUAUCCGCUGAUAAUUUGAAAUGGACAAGCAAAGCUACCACAACAAAAUGGGCUGAUGAAGGUGAAAAGUCAGUUCACAGAUAUACACACAGAGCAACUAUGAAAAAUAUGAGUCCGGGACAAAGAUAUUGUUAGUUUUUUCUUCCGUUAUGUUGGGCUUUAUUUACAAAUAUGUUUCUAUAGAUUAUUCCGUGGGAAGUUCGCAAGCAAAAUCAAACAUUUUCUGGUUCACACAACCUGAUCCAUCUCAACCACUUCGAAUGGCGAUUUUUGGAGAUUUAUCAUUGAAUAAAGGAUUCUCAAUUGAUCCACUCAUAAAUGCAACUCAUUCUGGAGAUCUUGACAUAAUUAUUCAUAUUGGAGAUCUUGCUUAUGAUUUACAAGAUGAUAAUGGAAAUGUUGGAGAUGAUUAUAUGAAUGCGAUUGAGCCAAUGGCUGCUUAUAUUCCAUAUAUGGUUUUCCCCGGAAAUCAUGAAGUUAGCCAUAAUUUUAAUCAUAUGGUUAAUCGAUUCACAAUGCCCAAAAACGGAGUUUAUGACAAUAACCUUUUCUGGAGUUUGGACUUCGGAAUGAUUCAUUUUGUAUCUUUGAACACUGAAUAUUAUGCGGAAGGGAUGAGUAAAGAAACAAAAGCGCAAUAUGAAUGGUUUGUUGAUGAUUUGAAAGAAAAUAAAGCGAAGUGGCUUAUUGUACUUCUUCAUCGCCCAUUGUAUUGUUCUACGAAAUCAGCGAAAGGAUGUCAUGAUCCACAAGAUAUUAUAACUCGCGAAGGUAACGCUGAUUUCCCUGGUUUGGAACAAGUUUUCAUUGACAACAAAGUUGAUGUGGUUUUCUAUGGACAUAAACAUACUUAUGAAAGAAUGUGGCCAAUGAAACAUGGUAUUCCAAUAAAAUCGGAAGAUUCAAGUUAUAUCAAAAAUCCUGAAGCACCAGUUUAUAUUCUAACCGGAGCUGCUGGUUGCCAUUCACAUUCUGGUCCAGAUGAUUCGAUCGCUCAACCAUUUUCAAUUGCUCGAUUGGGAAAUUAUGGCUAUACAAAGUUCCAUUUGCAUAAUUCUACUCAUAUCAGCACACAUUUUAUUGACACUUCUGAUAAUAUUGGCAAACCAUUAGACCGAUUCUAUAUCGAGAAACAGUGA